ACCAACCGGUUACCGGGAAACCAAACAGACGAGGACGCGCGUAUUGGGCAUUAUGCACCUGUCCUCUACCAACCGGUUACCGGAUCACCGCUGUAUCUCAUGUCACGCUCUUUACUCGGUUGAAACCGAGGAAUGAAGUGCUGCAACCAUGAUGCAAGGAUUGAAAAAGCGUACUCGAAAGGCCUUCGGGAUACGGAAGAAAGAAAAGGACACUGACUCCACGGGAUCACCAGACAAAGAAAAAUCUAAAAAAGCCAAUGGUGCACCCAACGGUUUCUAUGGUGAGAUCGACUGGGAUCGAUAUAACUCACCUGAUGUGGAUGAUGAGGGUUACAGUGUUAAACCCGGAGAACAAGGGGGAACACCUCCAACGGUCAAAACAUACUGCUCCUCCAGCGAGUCAGAAGGUGAGGAGGAACAUGGGAAGAAAUUUAAGAUCAAGAUCAAGCCACUGACGGCAAACAGUGGUAACUGCACAGUGUCCACUAUGGAUGAGCUGAAGGCCUCUGUUGGGACCCUGGCGAUAUCUCCUUCUCCUCUGAGGAAGAGUCCGAGGAGAAGUCCAUGCCAGAUGAAAAGAAACCUUUCAAGUGAGGAGAUUGCCAGACCACGACGAUCCACUCCAACACCCACGACAACCCCAGGGCCUGGUUCAGACACACCCAGAGAAAACAGCUCAAUGUUCUUCGGACCACCUUUUGAAACUAAUUUCGAAGCACACAAUUCAGAAGUGUUUAUGGUUGAGCCAGAGAUGUGGUGUCAGUCUAGUCCCAUCUCCUCCCAUGUUCUCAGCAGAUCCCUCCCUACUGGAGCUCCGCCUCCCCUUCCUCCAAAGAACAUUCCUGUCACCCCACCUGGACGUAGUACCAGCUCUGUUGAAUCCUCUGGUUAUUAUAGUGUGGUUCCUAGCGUCAGAGGAGACAGAUCAUCCUCUGUCUAUCAGGAUGCUCAAUUAUCAGACCCAGUAGGAGGGGCAUCUAUGCCUGACCUGGACAAUGUUUUUGGUCCUGUCGAGACACCCAAAUCUGGCUCAGAUAUGGUGCAGUGCAGUUGGGUGAGCUUCACUAAGGGCUCUCCUGCCAGACCUCCACCCCCCGAUGAGCCAGCCCCUUCUCCCCCACUGUCCUCCUCCCCUGCGGACUCGCCCCCAUCCACGCCCCCGUCCUCGCCCAUCAACCUACCGCCUCCCUCCUCAUCACCGCCCCCCAUCCCACCUCCAGAUUCACCUCCGCCCCUCCACCCCAUCCCACCUCCAGAUUCACCUCCACCUCUCCACCCCAUCCCACCUCCAGAUUCACCUCCACCGCCUCCACCCUCAGAAUCUCCUCUGAGCCCCCUGCCCCUUCCCUCCUGCUUUCAACUCCCAGAGGCAGAGCUUUGCCAUGAGUUUCCCAUUACCCCUUCCAGCCCUGGGCUCCCGUUUCUACCACCAGACCACCCACCACACGGAUCUUCCCCUCUCGCUCUGAGAGAUGAUAACAGAAGAACUCCAGAGUUGUCUGGGAUGAGAGAGGAGUUUGCUAUGUUUGGAACUUCUCCUAAAGACAUUGCAGCAGGAGGCUUCAGAGGAACACCACCUCCACUGCCUCCUCCAACUUACAGGAGCGUAGUGGGCUCCCCAGGGCCCGGCAGUGGACGGUCUUCUCCUGCACGUGCUUGCACUCCACUAUCGGCUGGCAGCCCAAUCCCACCUUUACCACCAAGACCAUCUUCGAGACCUAAACUUCCACCUGGAAAACCAAGUCUAGCAGAACUGGCUCGUCCCUUCAGUCCCCCCAUUCACUCCUGGAGUCCUCCACCCUUUGCUCCUCUGGCCAGGGCUGAGAGCACCUCCUCCAUCUCAUCAGUCACAUCCCUGAGCGCAGCCUCCACACCAACAUUAGGCCGAGAACUCAACCUGUCUUUGUCAGUAUGUUCCAGAGGUCCGAGCCCCCUCACGAUAGGACCACAGGACACUUUGCCAGUGGCAGCUGCAUUCACAGAGACCAUCAGUGCUUACUUUAAAGGAGCAGAUCCCACCAAGUGUUUGGUGAAAAUCACUGGAGAGAUGGUGCUGUCUUUUCCAGCAGGGAUUACCAGACACUUCUCCAGCCAUCCCAGUCCACCAGUGCUGACCUUCACCAUCAGCCAGUACAAUCGACUGGAGCAGGUCCUUCCCAACCCACAGCUCCUUUGCUGGGACACCACACCACCUACGGGUGACUCAAAGGAGUUUUGGGUGAACAUGACGAGCUUGAUGAGUCAUUUGAAGAAAGUGGCUGAGCAGAGACCACAGGCCACCUAUUACAAUGUGGACAUGCUCAAGUACCAGGUGUCAACCCAAGGGAUUCAGUCAACACCACUGAAUCUGGCAGUGAGUUGGCGUGGUGAUGCCAGCUGCACAGACCUCAGGAUAGACUAUAAAUACAAUGCAGAGGCCAUGCCUGUCCCCACACCGCUCACAAACAUUCACUUCGUGGCAGCUGUGGACGGCGGCGUAAACAAACUCCAGGCCAUGCUGCCACCUGCCACCUGGAAUCCAGACACACAGAAAAUAGCUUGGAAGGUCACCGAGCUCUCGCAGAAAUCUGAAAAUGGAGGGGUGGGAGCUUUACUGGCUCGCUUCCAGUUAGCUGAUGGUCCCAGUAAACCCUCACAGCUCUCUGUGCAGUUCAGCAGUGAGGGCAGCACCCUGUCUGGCUGUGAUUUUCAACUUGUAGGGGCCGGUUACAGACUCUCCCUUGUUAAAAAAAGGUUUUCAGCAGGUAAAUAUUUGGCAGACAACUGACCCGAGGGCCUGCUGUGUAGACUGUGAGUGAGAUAUAAGGACGCUCUUUUGGCAGUUCAAAUACUCUCAACUUUUUUUUAUUAGGGUUCUAGAAGUACAGCACUAAAAAUCUCACAAAUAAUGUCUGGUUUAGAAAACCGUGUGUAUGUGCGUGUGUGUGUGUGUGUAUGUGUGUUUGCAGGUAUUUUGUGUGUAUACAAAAUGAGUUCAGGACAAAUGCAAUACAUUAAGUUUUUUGCAGGGUUCUCGCAGAAGGCAGUUUCUUCACUAGUUUUCUCACUAUUGCACAUUCCCUUAAAACACUUUGUUUUCCGAUGUGGAAACAAAUUUGAAUGGAUCUCUUGCUUAAGUCUUUUGAAAUCAUACAGUUCAGACCUUCCCAUAUAUACAGUAAAGUAGCAGUUUUCUUUGUCCAAGAGUAUCUCAUUUAUUUUACAGAUCUUAAACACACUCACCUCUUAGAAAUGAUGAUGAUGAAAUGCAGAGACAUGCUUCCACAGUUAUAGUAGCUUUUGCUCAAUAUGAUUUUAAAACGCCUCUUAUCAGUGUUCUUUUCAAUUUGAUGUUAAUGGUGAAGGCAUGUUGAAAUGCAUCUUUGAAAUGUAUUGUUCAUGCAAAAAGUGAUGCCUAUUAUGUUUCCUCUGUGUGUCUUUAAAUGAGUGUUUUAACAUUCUAGGAAAAUAUUCCUUAAGUUAAAAUGAAUUUUAAGGAAUUAGUUAAGUGAAACUAUUUUCCAUUUGAUUUCCACAAUGUGGAUUUUCUUUUCCAAAACAUUUUCCUGUAGCAAUAUUUAAAGAUAAUGUGUAAAAAUGUAAAAUAGAAAUUCUUAUACAUGUAUCCAGGUGGAUAUAGCGUUUCUAUGUAUUGUCAUAGAACAGUUUCAGCUUUAUUUCAGAUUUAUUGUUAGCAUUUCCAAUUCAUGACAGCACUUUAUUAAUUUAUUUCAUGUUAUUUAUUUUAUACUUAGUCUUGUGCUUACUUGUUUUAUUUAUUUAUUGAUUGUUAAAUAAGAGUUAAAAAAAAUCAGAAUUUUUGACUAGAACCGAAAAACACUUUUUCACUUUCUGUACAUUUUCACUGUGUAUUUUACGGUGUGUGUUUCAAUCAUUUGUCAACUGAAUAUUUUGAGAAGUAAUGGUUCAUCUUUGUUCUCCAUGGUUAAUUUCUGAGAUAAAGAGACUUACAUUCACAUGCUGAUUAUUGCCUUUGAAAAUUUGAGAUCCCUUAAACUUUUACUGGAAAGCCUCAAAUCUUCCUAGCUGUGAGUUAUCAUUUGAAAUUAUACAUGGCUUUAGAUAAUCAUCAGUUGUGUGGUGUGACUAAUCUGGUUAUACUGUGGUGUUAUUGGAUUAUUUCCUGCAAUUUAGUGUGAUUUAUUGUUUUCUUCAAUUGUUUGGAGGCCUUACCUAACGUUAAAUUUGGAAGGAUACUUUAGAUACCCCUGCUGCUUGUUGAUAAUUCACGUCUCUUAUCUCUCAUUUUAUAAAAUGUGUUUUUACUUUUAACCCACUGUAUGUGGGAUAUUGUGUUCGUUUGGUAACUUGCAUCGUGUUCAUUCACCACUCCGAAAAUGGAAUAUGCAAACAUUUAAUGUAUAUGGUAACCUGUUCCCAGAUUUUAAGAGAAUAUAGAGACUGAAAAUGCUAUGUAUAUCAAAAGUGGGGAAAAUGUAAUGUCUUAAAAAAAUAAAAUC